AUGGCAUGUUGUAUCUUGACGGCUUUUGUCAUGAACAGAAUCAUCAAAAUCUGCGAUACUUUUGAUAUACGCUUCCUUGAAAUCAAAUACAGCGAUGCAGAAGACAGCUGCGCUCCGGCAGAGUCGGUGAAGAAGAGGACAGAGUCAAAGACAUGCCGCAUUAGCAUUGGUGGUAUGACAUGUGGUGCUUGCGUCACAGCUAUCACAAAAGAGCUGGACAAUGUUGUUGGUGUUCUCAGAGCGAAUGUCUCGUUGCCUCUUGGGCGUGCCAGCAUAUUUUACGAUCCCGCCUUGACUACCUCUGAGAAAUUGAUGGAGGCAAUCCGUGUUUCGGGUUACGAGGCUACACUCGGGGAAAGAAGUUCAGAGGAGAUUAUGCAGAGACUGCGACAGUCCAAGGAGCUGCAGUCACUUCGAGAUGCUAUAUCCUCAGCGAGUGUAUGUUCUACACUCAUUCUUGGUCUGGAAUAUGUCCCUACAUUCUUGGGCAAGUUCUUCUUGGCAUCUACAAAGCGUGGAGUGAUUCCCUGGCUACUGCUUAUGAUGGCAUUCAGAGUUCAAGCUUGGGAUGCGCGGACAAUCCAUUUCCGAGCAUGGUCAAGAAAGAGCAAACUGGCUGUCGCCAUGGACACGCUAUUGAGUCUGUCACUAAUUCUCGGCCUUGGUUUAUCUGUAUUGCAAACGGCAUCUGGGAGGUUGGCGAUGAGCUCACAGCCAUAUGCAUCCUCGGGCUCUUUUCUGACUGUUGUCAUCCUCGCUGGUAGAUAUCUCGAAGCAGUCCUACGGAAGGAGAGUAAUGCGCACUUGAUAGCGCUUUACGAGAUGAAGGCAGAGAAGGAACUCUACCAAAUCUCUGGAGCUGAUGUUGUGCUGCCUGCAUCGCUGCUGAAGAAGAGCGACGAUGUUGUCAUUAUGCCGCAAGCUACCGUACCAUGCGAUUGUUAUAUCGUCGAGGGGAACUCAGCCAUCGACGAAUCGACUAUCACAGGAGAAGCGUUGCCUGUAACAAAAGAGAUGGGAGAUUUUCUGCUUGCAGGAACGAAAAAUCUAUCCCGUCGGCUGAGGGUCGUCAUAUGUCAGGAUCAGAGCGAGUCAUCCCUCGCCAAGGUUAUCGAAGGUGUGUCCACCGCCAGCGAGCAGCGACGCGAGGGCAUGGAGCCACUCGACAUGAUCAUGAAGGUCUUUGUGUCUGGGGUCAUGCUGCUAGCUCUCAUAUCAUUUGCGACUACUCUCAUCUAUCACUGGGGCUCACCGGGCUUGGAUAUCGUCACAGCCGCAUGUGAGCGGGCCAUGACUGUAUUGUCUGCUGCAUGUCCUUGUGGGAUAGGUCUGGCGACUCCGUCCGCAGCCAUGGCUGGUGUCGAUGCUGCAUAUUCCCAGGGUGUCCUUUUGAGUGGCGGUAUCGAAACGAUGGGAGCCCUAUGCAAAGCCACACAUAUCGUUAUGGACAAGACCGGAACGCUUACAAGAGGCAAUCUUGAUGUUGUGAGCCACCGUUUCGAUGGAGGAGUUAGGUUCAAUGAAGAUGCAUGUUUUCGGCUAUUGGCGGCUGCAGAAGCAGAAGACGCUCGUGUUCAUCCCGUUGCGAAAGCAGUCUUCAAGUGGGCGCUGACCAUGAGCAAUUUAAGCGGUAUGGCACGCUUCUCAGAACACGUGAAUAAAACACGCAAUCUCAGAUCUGCCACUGGUAAAGGAACGAGCUGCCAAGUCCAGAUUUUCGCCAACGUCUGGACAGAGGUUAGCAUAGGAUCGGCGGCAUACCUGAAAGAAAGCGGCAUCGAGGUCGCACUCGAAAGCAUCGAAGCCUCCAGAGUGUACUUUGCUUUUGAUGGGCGGUAUAGUGGUUACAUAUGUGUUCAAGACACCAUCCGCCCCGAAGCUUCUUCAGUCAUCCAAUCUCUCCUGUCAGACGGCUUGCAAGUCACUAUGUUGACUGGCGAUACCGAGCCCGAGGCCUCGCGCAUAUCAUCAGUCCUUGACAUUCCCGUCCUCGCAUCACGCGCCUCUCCUUUUGACAAGAUGCGGCACGUUCAAGACUUACAACAAGAAGGCCAUCGCGUCGUCAUGGUUGGUGAUGGUGUCAACGACUUCCUCGCACAGUCAAAAGCGGAUGUGGGCGUGUCUGUAUCGUUGGCACAAGACUGUCUGGCUCGCGCAGGGAGCGUAGUCAUAUUAUCAGGCAACUUGGAAUGUCUUGCUGCUGCGUUCUCCAUCUCAAGACAGGUGGUUGCUCAGGCGAGGAUAAAUGUAAGAUGGGCUUUGAUUUAUAAUUUCAUUGCUCUGAGUCUGGCCUUGGGCUUGUUCGAGAGCUGGGGCAUUGUUGUUACACCUCCUGUGGCUGCCAGUAUGAUGGCCACGUCAAGUGUCAGCGUGCUCUCUAUGAAGUCUAUUUCCCCCAAUGCCCCCACUGCCCUUAGGCCAGAAUCACCAAGUGCCAGCUUCACGCCGCAUGAGGACUUUGACAUCUCCAUUAUUUGGCAAAACUUGGAUGUUCGGAGCGACUUCUCCAUAUUUCGCAAGGAGUCGCAAGGACCGAUUGAGCGGAUCAUGGUCGACUUUGCAAAAGUGCUGGAGAGUGGCUUGUUUGAGGUGGUGAGUGUGAAUGCGAUCGUUGUAGUCAUCCCCGCUGUCUCCACUGUCGCACGCACCUCUUGUUCAACCAUGGAGGACAACCUUUCUGCCGCCCGAGCAUCUCGGCGCCACCUCGAAGAGCGCCUUCGCAACGACUGGGAGUAUCCCGACGUACCCGCAGUAUGGUCCGCCUCUGACGAGGAAGUGCGCGACGCUGCCGAUUUCCGCGAGCGCUACUACGGCGAGUCUGAAUCUGGCGACUCGGAUCACGAGGACGAGGGCGAGGGCACCGGCCCAUACAGAUUCGACAACCCAGAGAGCAUCGGCGAUGCAGUAGCGAGCACCAGAGAGGCGCGCAGGAGGCGUCGCAAAGAGAGGCUCGAGCGCGAAAUGAAAGACAACGAGGGCUUGCGCAUUUGGGUGCAGCGACGAGAUGUGUGGACAGGCGCAGCGAGCGUCAAGAAGUACGGCACGAACCGACAGCGACACGCGGACCGCCCGUCUUCUGCAGCAGGCUACUCGUCCGAAGAGCAUGCCGUCACCCCCACGGGCUCCGAGGCACACUCCAUCACCAGCGCAACACCCGACACGUUUGACCUCGUCCCCGUCGCCGCGCCCCUCCUCGCCGACAACCCAAUUCGCGCAUCCAUCACGCCCAAGGCCUACAAGGACAUCUUCCAGAAAAUCGUAGUCUCGUCGCGCACGCCCUCGGUCCCCAUCAACCUCGCGGACAUGACAAAGGCGCUGGUGCAAGGCUGGAAGGACACGGACGAAUGGCCUCCGCGGGUUGGACCGCCCGAACCUCUUGCUGGUAAGAAGCGUUCUGUCACUGGCGCUGCAUCGAAUGGACACCACGGUGGCUUCAUUGCGCGACAUCCUCAUCUAGAGAAGAGCGUCGACGGCAUGAAACGCAUUCUACAUCUCAACGGGCAUCAUGAGCACGGGCAUGGGGAGAGCAAGGCUGAGGGUUGA